CGGCAGGAGGAGUGCAGCCCACAGGACAACGCACUGGGCUUGAUGCACCUCCGUCGCCUCUUCUCCGAACUCUGCCACCCCACCUCGCCACAUGACCCAGAAAGAGCAGGAGGAGAAACUCUACAUGAUGCUGCCCGUCUUCAACAGGGUGUUUGGCAAUGCUCCACCCAGCAGCAUGAUGGAGAAGUUUUCAGACCUUCUGCAGUUCACCACCCAGGUGUCUCGACUCAUGGUGACGGAGAUCAGGAGGCGAGCCUCCAACAAAUCCACAGAGGCAGCCAGUCGAGCCAUAGUCCAGUUCCUGGAGGUCAACCAGAGCGAGGAAGCGAGUCGUGGCUGGAUGCUUCUCACCACCAUCAACCUGUUGGCCUCGUCCGGACAGGUUGGGAGC